AUGACAUUUAACUUCCCAUGUCGUAGAGGUAAUUACACAAGACAUCUUGACAAAGUACUUGAGGAAGCUGCUGCUGAGUUUUAUCCUGGUGUUAAAUUCAUGCGUGUAAGUGGUUUCUGCUCUAUAUAUGACACGCCAAAACACAAUACCAAACUGCGACCAAGUGUAAUCGCAGUCCGGGAAUGCAGUAACAGGCAAGUUCUAUUAUCAACCCGGGGUCUAGAUCUACUGCUUACUCCGUGA